AUGAGUGUGCCAGAAACCACCAGUGCUUCUGCUGGGGAACAGUCUGCUAUCCCUAGAGAUGUGCGCUUGUUGCAUCUUAUUCUCGCCGCCCAGGGGAUCCAAAACUACCAGGACCACGUUCCGUUGCAGCUCAUGGACUUUGCUUUCCGCUACACCACCAGUGUCCUUCAAGACGCGAUUUUAUACAGCGAUCAUGCUCAUGGCUCAUCGCACACGUCUCACGCUGGGAAUACAGGCUCUAAUGCGGUUCUCACCACCAACGACGUGCGGUUGGCUAUUGCCGCCAGAACCAACUACCAAUUCAAGCCUACGCCUCCGAAAGAGCUACUAUUGGAAAUGGCGGCCGAGAGAAACAAGGUCAAGUUACCGCCUCCAGUGGCCACCUGGGGACUCCAGUUGCCACCAGAAAAGUACUGUUUGCAUGCCAAGGACUGGUCCCUUAGCGACGAAGAGUUUGACGAUGAUGAGGAGCCACCAGCCAAGAAGCCAAAGGGAGUCAACUAG